CCCCUGUCCGGGUGAGGAGCUGCCAACGGGGCAGGGAAGUGGGCUGAGAGCGGAGGUGGCGAGCGCAGGCCAGGGUCGGGAGGCGGGGCGAGGGCCGGGAACGCAGGCAGGGCGGCACAGCUAGGGUCAGGGCCCGGGUCCAGGGAGGAGGUACUGGGUUGAGGAAGGGGGUUCGGGCCGGAGAUGCAUAGCCCGGCAGGCCUCGGUGCACUGUUGCAGAAGGACGACGGCGGCAUGUGCGAGGGUCCGUCCCGCAUCUCGGGGCCCAUCCCCCCAGACCCUACGCUCUGUCCUGACUACUACCGGCGGCCGGCCUCGGCCCAAGGGCGCCUUGAGGGAAACGCGCUGAAGUUGGGCCUGCUGACUCCGGACCCCGACCUAGACGCCACCCCUCCCCACGGCCCCCGCAUCGGUCCCGGAGCCCGAGAAAUCCUGGAGCGUGGCCGGCGCGGCGUGGGUGGCGUGCUGCUGCAGCUCGGGGGUAUCUCCCUAGGCCCAGGGGCCUCUCCCAAGAGGAAGGACCCUAAAGACCAUGAGAAGGAGAACCUGAGGCGGAUCAGGGAGAUCCAGAGGCGCUUCCGUGAGCAGGAGCACAGCCGGGAGCAGGACCAGUCCAGGCCCCUGAAGGCUCUGUGGCGCUCACCCAAGUAUGACAAAGUGGAGUCCCAUGUCAAGGCCCAGCUGCAGGAGCCCGGCCCUGCCUCUGGGACAGAGCCUGCCCACUUCCUGCGGGCACAUUCCCGUUGCGGCCCUGGGUUCCCACCACCCCGUGUCCCCAGUCCCCAGCUAACCCCACCAGGUCCCAAUGCUAAGGGCCCAGGCCCAAGUGUGGACUUCAUUACCCACAAUGCUCGCACUGCCAAGAGGGCCCCCCGGCGGCAUUCUCGCUCGCUGCAAGUCCUGGCACAGGUGCUGGAGCAGCAACGGCAGGCCCAGGAGCACUACAACGCCACACAGAAGGGUCACAUGCCCCAUUAUCUGUUGCAUCGCAGCUUGUUGGAGCGCAGGGAUCUGUGGCGGCAGGAGGCUGAGGCCCGUCAGCACAGCCAGCCGGACCCGGCCAUGCCCCCUGGCCACACUUGCAUGCCUGAGAACCAGCGGCUGGAGACACUGAGCAAUCUGCUCCAGAGCCAGAGCCAGCUGCUGCGUGAGCUGGUGCUGCUGCCUGCUGGGGCAGAUUCACUGAGAGCCCAGAGCCAUCGUGCUGAGCUGGACCGGAAGCUGGUGCAGAAAUGCCAAGCCUGGUGUCCCUCCUGCUGCUUGACUACAGGAAGGUUUCUCUGCUGCCCUUAUCACUCCUCUACUCCUGCCUCAUGUCCAGGCCAGAAGGCAAGAUUGUGGGAUCAAGGAGGAGGCUAGGGCUGGGAAAUAGAAGGACCAUAACUGCAUUUGUAGAAAACCUUUAAUGUUCCCCAGACUGAGAGGGCCCCAUGAGCAAGCUAAAAAACCCCACUGGGGAAGUCCCUGCCAUGUCCCAGCUGCCUGGAAGGGCAAGGGGCUGCAUCUUUGCCUGUCAGAGGCUGAAGCCACUACCAUCUCCUUGAAUGCUACUCCCCCAGCCAGAGCUGGCCUGCUCCUGAUCAUCCAGGGAGGGCAGAGAGCUGCGGGCAUCAGGAAGUAGGCGGCUUGGGCGCAGGUCCCAGCAUGGAGGCCCCUGAGACAGCCCGUUGGAACAGGGAGGCUCGCGGUUCUCAAUGAUCAGAUCACUGCUGUCAUCGUCGCUAUCAGGCUCAGCAGGCCCAGGCCCAGCAGAAGGAGGCCCUGUCAGACGCCCAGAUGCCCCACGCACCACAUUAUUGCGCUGAUUAGCUGGCUUGACAGUGACAAUGAGGUUGUGGCUGUUCGCGACCAUCAUGUCCGUCACUUGGUCCAAGGUCUUCCCAGCUACCUCAAUGCCAUUGACCUCGAGGAUCUCAUCACUGACUGCCAGCAGCCCUGUACUCUCAGCCAGGCCCCCUCGUACCAGGCGGGAGAUGAAGAUACCUGGAACCCGUUCCAGGCCCUGGGGAGCUACGCGCACACUCAUGCCAUCUCGGAUGUAGAAACCCAGGGGGCGGUCGGAACCAUGCUUAUGCAGCCGCACCCGUCGGUGAGUCUCAGGCAGUAGGUCCACAUCUAUGACUGAAGAAACCUGGCGGAAAUCUUGUGGCAGGCUGAUUAGCAGGGGUGGCCGCGUGCGCAGGGGUGCCACUGGCCGAAGUAGGAGCCCUUUCUUGCGCCGCUGCAGAGAGUUGGAGGCAAAGGCCAGGCCACUGGAAUCAGCUUCUGCUGCAGGAGAGGGGGACGCUGAGAUCAGAGACCGUGCUUUCCCAUUUGGGCCCUUUUCCAUCAGGCCAAGGCCUGAGGAAGGGGGCACUAUAGCUAUUUCCUGCCAUUUGGAGGUCAGGCCAAGGGCAGGGACUGCAGAGGGUGAAGCCUGGGCACACUGGGCAUGGACUAACCCUUGUAGACUUGCCCUGUCACCCUACCCCACAGAGGCUGCCCACUGUACCCCAUCCUCCUCACCCCGCUUCUGCACUAGCAGGCGCAGCGGCGGGGGCCCACUGGCCAGGGCCCGGUGCAGGCUGUCGUCGUUGGUGAGGGGCAGUAGGUUGCCGUGAGCAUCCGUAUAGCCAAGCAGCACGUCCAGGCCCGGGAUCUGGUGUACCGCACGCAGCAACCGAGAGAACUCUUGGAAGCCGCUCACCGAAGCGCGGGGCAGCCCGAAGCGUCGGAACUCGGCAUCAAACUGGA